AUGUACCAUGAAAUGGCCCAGAGGAUGUACCUGGCAGGCAUCCAUGUACGUCAGCCAGCCCACACCAUUCUGAGGGAGCAGCUACUUCAAAGCGGCUCGCCCCGCCCCGCCGUCCUCCGCGGCACCCGGACACACACCCGACGGAGCCUGGCAUGCCGGGCGCGCGCCCGGCGCGUGGUGGGCGGCCUGUGGGCGGCCGCCGUGCUCUGCGCGCUGCCCAACACCAGCCUGCACGGCCUGCGCGAGCUGCACGUGCCCGGCCGCGGCGCGGUGCCCCACACGGCCAUCUGCACACUGGUGCGGCCGCGGCGCCUCUACAACGCCGUGGUGCAGGCCACGGCCCUGCUCUUCUUCGGCCUCCCCAUGGCGCUGCUCAGCACCCUCUACCUGCUCAUCGGCCUGCGGCUGCGCAGGGAGCGGCGCCUCUGGGCCGGGGGCAGCCCCGCCAGGCGGCCCGUCACCAAGAUGCUGUUCGUGCUGGUCGUGGUGUUCGGGGUCUGCUGGGCCCCCUUCCACGUGGACCGCCUCAUGUGGAGCUGCGUGUCCCACUGGACGGAGGAGCUGCUGCAGGCCUUCGAGUACGUGCACGUGGCGUCGGGCGUCUUCUUCUACCUGAGCUCCGCCGCCAACCCCGUGCUCUACAGCCUCCUGUCCAGCCGCUUCCGAGAGGCCUUCCGCCAGGCCCUGGGCAUCCCCGGGGGGAGGCAGCCCCGGGCUGGGCUGCCUCUGCUUCCUCAUCAGCCCCAGGCCCACCCCUGA